AUUCCCAACAGAAGCGGUUUGAGCACUGGGUUCGGAGAAAACGCUAAAUACUGGACCCUGGAAAAAAACUGGAAAAACAAGUGAACGAACCAUUAAACUACGUUUAUAUUAACGUUCGUUGUGAAUCUAGGGCCCAUUUUUACGCAGGAGAGCCCCCCUUUUUCUGUAAAGCACAGCGAAACACACAGGAGAACUACCCAAUUACAGGAAAAGAGAAGUAUGAAUUUAAAUGAUUUUGUGGUGCUUCCUAACAGCAAGGCCAGAUCUGUCAAGCCCAAUGCCAGAAACCUGCAAAAGCUGCAAAUGGACACGGUUACUCUCGCCAGUGAGAGCAAGGAAAUGGAAGACAAGCUGCUACAGCUGAGAGACAACAUGAGUAAAGAGAAGGAGGAGAGAAGACAUUCAAAAGAGUUGAGGUGGAUAUCUGGACGACCUGUUCCUCUACCAAACAGCAGCGGGAGAAACAGGGACAGCAAAAUACAAAAGCUGUCAGCAGGUAAAAUGAAGAUCAGAGUGCUGAAGGACGAUUCGCUGACAGCUCCUCCUCAGCCACGGCCUUCACCUGCAGGUUCUAACGUUGGUUUUGUGAUGACACGAAGAAGCAAAGUGAAGGAAAUAACCAAGCGGUGUGAAACAGAACCUGCUGGAUUAACAGACUCACUGACUCAUGUGAGCGGUCAAGACGCCAGCUGCUUUCAGGAACAGAUUAUCUCUGACUCCUUUCCCAGUAACUUUAAUCCUGGUUCUGGUAAGAGCUCCAGUUCCAAUCACACCAGCGCAUCCAAUGCAAUAACCAGGCGGAAAGAUGAGAGCCCACAGAAAGGAACAAAGGUCAAAGGAAAACUUGAGAAAUACCUCAGUGACUGCAGCCAGGAGAAGAUGGUGAUAAUGGAGGACGAUAGGAAAGGAUGGGCCUCCCCUGUUCUUACAGGGCAGUACAGCGAGGAGGAGUCUGCACGAUCUUUCCAAGAAGCUCUGAUGAAGUGGAGGGCAGAGAGAAGUGGUGGGGCAAAGCAGACUAGGACAAUGGAGGAAAUACAAAUGCCUCCUAAAUCAGUGUCAGCCAUAGUGACCCAGACGGACCUCCCUCUAGACAGAGAUGCUGAAGGACAAAGAGGCGGUGAGAAGGAGAGGCAAGCUGUCAAGGUGGAGUUUACAGAAAACAACCUCACCCACAUGGAUAGAUUGCUCCUCAAGAAGCACCGCAGAACACCAGUUGAAAGCUGUGGUCCAUCUCUGGCCGUUGCCAUUGACCUAAAAUCACUAACCAGAGACACAGAGGAGGAGGAGGAGGAGGAGGAGGAGACAUCUUACUGCCUAAAUGCUGAUGAAGAGGAUUUUCAUAACUACUGUGCAUCACUGUUAGCUGUCCCCAACAGCAGCAGCAAACCUGAGCCACAGGUUUCCACACCCACACCUUUCAUUUUCAUCAAGGUCCUGGAAGAGACACCCAGAGACGUGAAGAGAGACCCUGCAGAACCACAGAAGAGACAGAACAGACAAAUCGAUACUGUUCAGCAGAGUUCCCGAAGCGAACAUAGUUCUUCUAGACAUGCGUCCUUCAAAGCUGACCACUUCCCUCUAGAUUCAACACAGCCACCCAAACAGCCUGUGAAACCAGCCAAGGUUCAUUCAUCUGACAAUCACAAUCCCAAACCAAAGCAGUCAGGCAAAGAAUUUCCUUCUGAAAGUAAGACAUCAUCUUAUCCUAUUUCUGACAACCUUGGAACAUCAAAGAAGUCAGUCAAGACACCAACUCCACAGUCAUGUAGGCCCGUUGGCUCUCACGCUAUCCACAAAUCAAAAGUACACCACGGGUCACCACAACUUUCAUCCUCAUUACCCCAUUCACGAUGUGAAAUCACCAAUCCUUCCCACUCCCCUGAUUCACUUUUCACUGAUGUUUCAGUUCUGGAUGGAAACUUGUCAAAAAUCCCCAAAGAGUAUCUUUCCUCUUGUUCAUCAGCAGGGUUUCCCCUGAGGUCUACUUUCACAGUUUCACCAUCAAGUUCUACUCUGUUGGACUUAUUGCCAAAGGUUUACCACUCAGCCCCACAACAAAAAGGCACAGACUCAUCUCUCUUGUCACAAACCGCCCCCUCCCAGUUGUUUGCAGAAACAAGCUCAUCUCUGGAGAUUCGUGAAGCUCCAGCAGGCAAUCUCUUCUUCCCACAGCAAUCCCAAGAUUCCACGAGUGACCUCCAGUUUCUUCCAUCAGAAAAUCAACCCACACAUUCUUUAUCACCUGUUUCGUUUCAACUUCAACCACCAGUGAAGUCCUUGGAACCCGUUUUGUCAAUAGUGAGCCCCGUCCCAAGCCAUGGUUCUGUUUAUUCCAACAGAAUGUCAGAUCUCAAAUAUAGAGAUGAUCCAGUUUUUGUGUCAUCAUCGUCUAAUUUCCACAAGUCAAUUCUGUCACAUCAGGAUAGACGUCUCCUCUCAAAUGUCAUCAACGGUCCUGGGAAAACCGACAGGAUCAAGGAGCCAUCUGUAGACGGUGGAGAUGAAAUGUCCAGUGAUAGCUUGGUUUUGGCUCCACAUGAAGGAGACUCUUCAGAGGCAGAUCAGCUGGCUGAUGCACGAGAACAGGAGUCGAAACCACUCAUGGUGAUGCAACACCAGAUUGCUGGGUCCGGAUCAGAGUGGUUCUGUGAUGUGGACGAAUUUUCACCUUCAGGUUUGGACAUGGAUGCUGGACACUGCGACUCACCAGCCUAUGCACACUGCGAUCGAUUUCACGCAUGCCAACUUUCAGUGCAUGGCUCAGAUCCAACAGACGGGAGCUGUGAUGUCCGGGACACAGCCCAGCUGCUCGUAUUUGUCCGGGGGAUAACGGACUUCAAGCUCACAGAGGAGCGGGCAGCAAUGCGGUCGAUGAGAGGGACAACGACAGGGAGUGAUCUUUUUACAGAGGUAAAUGCGUGCAUGGACACUCUGGGAUUGAAAUGGGAGAGAAUGUCACAGCCGGGCGUACACUGUGCGACUUUUUCACUUUUUUGAGCCGAUUUUCCAGUCGUGCGAGAAGCCACGACAUCGGGGCGAGUUUUGCGCCGAGCGGUCGUGUAGUGUACAGGGGGUUACGAGAGGCGAUUAACACCACGUGACCAGCCGCCGAUCAGCAGUCGUGAGGUCGCACUCUGGUGUGUUUAAUAUUUCGCUCGUCCCUCGUGAGGGUAUCGCACUGUUGAAGCGGCGCUGCGAGCAGCUGCGACCCAAAAAGUAUCAGAACCACUCACGGCGCAUGCGCGCGCAAUCCUGCAUCAACACUUGUCGCUCGCUAUUUCCCUAAUAACACACGCUGUUCGUUUUUGUUUCUACACGUUUUUUUUACUCACAAAGAUUGUCAAGAAAGUGUGUUUGUCGUGUUCAUGUCAAAUUAAACUGAUCACAAAACACAGAUUUACUUUCUUUAUUUCGUUUUCCUCAUCCAACCCCCAUAAAUCCCUGUGUGUCCUCCAGCAGCACUCCUGAAGGACAACAGGCAAAACAAGACAAAAAAGUCUAACGUGUUGAGUAAAAACUGCUAUUUUUAGCACAUUUUUAGGGCCGACGUGUUGCUACCAGACGUACAGUGUGAGCAGUCAGGUCGCAUGCGAGAACUGGGUCGUACAGUGUGAGCACAUGACUCGUGAGAUCUGCUCUGCGGGGAAGUCGUACAGUUUGAGCUGAAGCUGAGUGCUGCAAGUGAAAAAGUCGCACAGUGUACGUCCGGCUUUACAGGGAAAAAUGUCGGACUUUUGAAACGCAUGCAAGAUAAAGUGACAGAAAUCGAUGCAGAUCAAAAAUAGGUGUUUUUGCAUUGUAUUAUACACCAACAUGUGUUGUGCAAGUCAGUGCUAAAAAUCAACCAUGUUACUGAUGUUGUUACUAAAAUAAUAAACUUCAUCAGGGCGCGGGCGAUGAAUCACAGACAGUUUGUGGCUCUUGUGGAGGACUCCACACAGCUGUCAGAUGGCUCAGCCUGGGGAAAGUGCUGAAGAGGGUUUGGGACUCGAAAGCAGAGAUUCAGGAUCUCUGCUGGAUUUCUACUCUUCUCUUAGGAGGAUUUUCCAAACCUGAAGAGACAUGCUCAGAAGAUGUUGGUUCUCUUCAGCUCUACCUAUUUGUGAACAAACAUUUUUCAAUGAUGAAGUUUACAAAAUCCAGGUAAAGAUCCUCUCUCACUGAUGAUCAUUUGUCAGCUGUGCUUCGCUUCUCCACCUCAGACAUCCAACCUGACUUUGAUGCACUCGUUAAAGCCCAGCAGAGACUAGAUUUCUCUCACUGAAUAAGAAAAAAAUUGCUUAAAAACACAAAAUAAGGUGUUUGGACCACAAAUGUAGGCAACUAGCAGUGAACUGGGACACUUUUUUUAAACCUCUUUCUCAAGAUCACAGUUCAGUGAUUUUAUUUUACAGACGAUACUGUGUGUCUGUAGAAUGCUAAGAACCUCUUUCCAACAAUAUUUGAAACUCAGAAUGUGUUUUGGAGUGAAUGUGACUGAAACUGUUAACUAAUAUAAGUCACAAAUGUUUAACAAAAACCAAAUGUGCACACUUUGUUUACCAUUGCCUUGGGAAAUUUGAAUAAAUCACAUUUUUGUAAGCCAACCUCACUUUUUCCUUUUUGCUCAUUUAUAACAUAUAGUCUACUCUUACCAGCUUGAAGAAACAAUGGUAUUUACUGCUUUUUAUAAAGAAAUACGAUUAAUAUUAUGCAUAAUUGACUUCAGCCUUUUGGCCUGCGGCCCUCCACAAUAUUUUCUAUUUCUCAUGUGGCCCCAUGGAAAAAAUAAUUGCCCACCCCUGCUCUACGUCAAAGUGGUCAGCAACCCACUGCAAGGCCUUACCCCUCAACCAAAGCACCAUAUACGACACCUUGUCGAACUCUGAGGAUUUCAAGUCCAAACAACGGGCACAGUUCCGAAUGAACUCCACACAAAGGUCUGGAUCACCAUCGUAAUAGAUCUCCUGUGUACCUGGAGUUCCCGCUGGGUCCUGUGUUGGUGGUCGGUCCAUUCUGUCACGUUUAGGGAGCAGGAGGUUAGGACCCAAGAUGCAGAACCCAGGAUGACAAGAGGCAGGAGUUGAAUUGUAAGUGAAAAUCCUUUAUUUUGAGGAAGAACAAAAAUAAAUCCAAACGGAGGGAGCCAAAAUCCAAGAAUCCAGGGAGUCAAAAACACCAGAGGAACGAGCAGACUGACAGGACUAAUAACGCUGACAAGCAACAACAAGCAAACAUUAAUGGACCGACAAGAACACAGAGACAAGGAGGGCUUAUAUAGACAGGGAGGAGCAAUUAGGGAAACAGGAAGCAGGUGUGUGGAGUGAGGCUGGAGGGAAGGCAGGUGACAACAAUUAUCUGGAUGGGGAAGAGAACCAGUGGAGGGCAGAUAAACCUAACACUAUGUAAAACACAAAACUAAACCUAAAGACUAAGGGAAGAACUCACACAAACACAUACACAUACUGAGACACACAAACUAUGAACUGGGGAACAAGAGGCUGUGGCUAUAACUUAAGACACACAACAGAGAUGCAGACAAAGGACACAUGAGGGCGCUAAGAGAACACAAAAGGGAAUCCAGAGAGGGAUGGAGAAACAUUAGGAGACACAUGGGGAAAGACGCAGACAAAGGACACAUGAGGGCGCCAUGAAACACAAAAGGAGAACCUGGAGUGGGAACUGGAGGGCUGGGGAACAAAGGGACACAGAACAUGACAGAGAUAGAGAUUUUAAAAUUGAAUAAAAAUGGAUAACCUUGGUUUCACACUGUAAUCAUCACAUAAGCUUCGUAUAUAUGAAAUUGCAUUGCUGCAGUACUUUUAUUUUCAAAAUUACUGGGGAAUUACUGCGGAAAUUGACGUGUCACAGAAGCAGCUCGUGGCAAAAAUAGAACCCGAUCCUAUCUUUAGCGAUGCAGCGUGCUGCAUCUGGGGCACGCCUGAAACAGUCCGUAGACUAUAAUGGAUUCUAUUUGAACCAGUGAUGUUCCACUGCCGUUCUGCGCAUAUCUCCUCAGGAGAGCUAAAAUUUCUGCUGCUUGGUGGUAUUUUAAACCGGACAGUGGAGGCAGAGCUACAGACACGUGUAAUGCGUGCAUACUGAGCAUUCAACAUGCUGGUAAAGACACAGCUCCAUGAUUCGCUGCCAUCAAACAGACUACCUUUGUCGUCGGCUUUUCCCGUCAGGCAUCAAAAAAGCAAAUCACUGGUUCCCAUUAAUCCCUUUAACAGUCAUAGUUCACAGUGAAGUCAGACAAAAACAUGAAGCCAGCUGCCAGCCUCCAGAGAAUGUUACGCUGAUAAACAAAGAGAAAUAGCCAACAGACUGUAAAACAUCUGGGUUUCUAGUUCUCCUGCACCACUGGAGCUGCGCUGGAGCUACAGGUGUUAUGCAGAGAAAAGUUACCCUGCCUGCUCCAUCAUGGGAACACGCAUUGUUCAGUACAGCUGCAUAUAAAGGGAGUAAACAACUUGAAAUAAGAACAACAGCGCUACUUUAAAGUACCGCAUAUUCACAAUAUAAACACAUUUUCUAAUCAGUGUACUUCCUAAAAUUUAUUUGCCUUUUUUUCUUAUUUUAAUGCUUUUCUGAAAAGUAUCAGAUCGGGACUCGGUAUCGGCAGAUGCUCAAAAUCAAAUGACUCGAAAUCAGAUGGGGGUAAAAAACGUGAUCUGAACAUCCCUAGUUUUAAUGGUCCUGUUAACUCAAACAACACUUUUUAAAAAGCAUUAUUUAGUCCUAGGGCAAUUGUUUUUUCUACCAAAUGACCAUUUAACCAUUUCCUAUACCAGCUUUAUAGUUCUGUUGUCAUGCUGGUAAUGAACGAAUGAGUUUGACAUUGAGAGGCUCACAAUAAAGGGAUCACUACACCCUUCACAGCAUGCAGUCAGCCUCUCGUCAAGCCCCAUAUUGUCUCUGCCACCAUUGUUAAAGCUCCAAAGAUAAUGAAAGAGAAAGGCAACAGGAGAGCAAUAUCACCUUGACAACACAUCACUUUCAUUUGUGCUCCCUCCAUCUGUCUCCCUUUCAUUUAUUUUUUUUCAGCAAAGCUGAGAUUCAACAUGUCUGGUGUCUCCUCUUCGACCUUUUCAACAUCUGUUUUAUUUAGAGUUUUUGGCUUGCGGUCUUAUUGGUCAGAAUAAAAGAACGUUGUUAUGUAGUUGGUUGUUGCCCAACAGGAGUCAAAUCUAGACAGUGAUCUAAGAAAGCUUUCACAGGUAGAUGUGACUACAGUUAUGUGAAGCUACAUGGAAACACUAACAUUAGGAUAAGCUUUCGAGCAGCACAUUAAGAGAAGAAAUUGACAGACUGAUAAUAGCACAGAAAAAAACUAAAUGAACAAAUGACACACUGGCUGAGUAAGGCCAACUUUUUUCCUCUCUUUUCCUUAUUCUAUUUUCAGCUGAUUUAGUCUAGUUAGAAGAUCCUCCAUCCAGUCAAUAGCAAUAAUUAAUUGGCUGACCGCUGGAGAGAAUGAAGAAAAAAGGCAAUAAUUGCUUUCCAGCUGUCAGGAUUGGCUGAACAGACUUGUUGAGAAAUACUGGUUUGGUAUGCUUCUACUAAAUGGGUGAAUAGAUUAUUAUUUAAAUGUAGUUACUAAAUUCUGUUGAAUUAAUUUAUAUGGUUCUUGGAAUUAAAAUAUUCAGUUUGAAAUGGGAACCUUAAGUGAAUUGCAACAAUGUGACCCUUGAACAGGAUUAGAUUCUCUGACCUUUGCUCAUUUCCUGUAACUCUGGGAUUACAGUUAUUAAUCUAAAGCAUGGUUUAUUAUUUAUCCAUUUACCAUUUUUGACCCCAAAAAAGGCCACUGUUAAAUGUUUUUCCUAUAGAAGUUUUUUUUAUUGUGUAGCAUGAAUGAAGUCAUCACCAUAAAUGUUUUAGCCUGACUAGCCAUUUAACGCUCCCAUUCAAAUAACUCCACCCACUGAGAAUUCUAACCAAGCCAAUCAGUUCUGAGCAGCGUACUUCACACAUCGCAACGCUCAAUGACGAUGGCGUCUGAAGCGGAGUUUGCUGCAGCUCUUUCCUCUCUUCUAAAUGACUUGGAAACGUCUUUAAAACCACAAUAUGAAGAAGUGCUAAAAGCCUUUUUCUGAAAAAAGACAUUUGCGCCGUCGCCAGAUGCCAUUUUUCACUACAGCUAAAGAACAACAACGUUGCCUGGUACAGUCGGCAUUUCCACCUUUUUUCUGAUUGGUUAUUUUAGAGCUGGCUAGUCCUGCCCCUCAUGUUCAUCUCUGCCUGUGAAUAACCAGACAAGUUAUCUGUGUAGAAUUAAACAGAGGAUGAGUCUGGCAGGUCAGGCUAUAAAUUUUUCUUUUUUUACUUAUGAAUGAAAAAAAAGCUAUUACGGAUGGAUAAUGGAAUCAGUUCAUUACAGCUUCCAACUCAGUUUGUAUCGUGCACAUCUCUUUAAAAUGUUUUAAGUAUCUUAAAAGCAGCAAAAGAGAAGGGCAAUGAAAUGCAAAUGUAAAUGUUACAGUUUUUCCUUCCAGAUUUUUCUUUCUUAACUUUUGGAAGUCUUACCAGGUGUUUCCACUGGAUGUGUGAGCGGUAAGUCCACAAAACAUAGUAUGCAGCAAUGAGCCACCAUUAUAGUAGGUAUGUGUUUCCACUGGCCAUGAAGAGUUGCAUGGUGAUGGGUUGCUUUGAGUCUAGUUUUUAUGCACUACACUUCCAGAACGUGUCAAGCUGAGCAGUUGGGAUUGAGCCAGACAGGGAGUCAAACAGGAAAGCAUUUGGAAACUUUGAAAAAAAAGUUCAGAUUUUCAAUUGAAAAAAAAAAGGAACAUAAUUACACUACUGUAACCAAAGUAAAAAGAACAGAAAUUAAAGCUGCAAGCAGCGUCGUUCGGCCAUCGCAGCUCCACGCCGCUCCAGCCUGGCCGGCAGCCCGGUGCACCCGGUCACGUUCGCGGAACAUAAAUGUCGACCACCCCGACGCCAGAAACCGCGAACGGUGUCCUUGUUUGCACCUCACCCUGACUCAGCAUCUCCUCUGAGCCCACCAUUAAAUUACAAAUCUGACCACUAGGGGAUACUUUAUCUUUACCACAAUGGUGGUGUGAUGACACAGACCAAGUUUAAUGCUAUUCUGACCACGUUUUUUGAAGUUAUUGAAGGUUAAAGUUAUCUAGGGGGCGCUGGGACCAACUACAGAAAAAUCCCAUUGAGGUCAGCUUUGGUUGACAAAGGUGGAUUUCUGUUAUUUUGGCAUAAAUCAGAUAUUGUGCGUGUUAUCUAGAGCCAGAGAGCCAAAAGGGGGUGGAGCUAUAUGGAUUUGAACCAACAACCACAUCAAUGUGUUUGGUGCAGUUAUGUGAUGACACAAGCAAAGUAUAAUGCCAUUCUGACCUUGACUUUAGAAGUUAAUGAAGUUUGAACCUAUCAAGGGGCGCUGUGACCAUUUACAACUAAAUCCCAUAAAGGUCAUCUUUGGUCAUCAAAGAUGGUUUUCUGUUAAUUUGGCAUCAAUCAAACGUUGCAUGGGUCAUCUAGAGGCAAAAGGCUUAAAGUGGGCAGAGUUAAAGUGAUUUGAACAAGUGAGAACAUACAUGUGUUGAUUGCAGUUGCGUGAUGACUCCCACCAUGUUUGAUAUAGUUUGGAGCUUUUUUGUAAAAGUUACAAAGGUUUUAUUGUAUAUAGGGGGCGCUGUCCCAAAUUUAGGAAAAUAUCCCAUGGAGCAGUUUGUAGGUUCAUAACAAUCAUUUGCGUGUAGUUUGGUGUGAAGUGCAUCAGGCAUGUGUUAUUCAGGGCCUAAUGUCUCUCAAGGGGUGGAGCUAAAGUGAUAUCAACCAAUGACCACAGGAUUGUGUUGGGUGCCUUUGUGUGAUGACACAUAGCAAGUUUGGUGCAGUUGCGACCUCGUCUGUAGGAGUUAUUACAGUUGUAAAGGCAUGUAGGGGGCACUGUGGUGAUAUUAUACAAAGUUCACCAACCGUUUGUGCCUUAUUGGCUAAAGGGCAUGAUUGUUGAUUGUCAUGUUCACUCUCGUGCAGAUCGGAGGCUGUUUGUGGAAGUUACAGUCAAACGUAAGGUCAUGGCGUCACGCCAGAAUUCGCAGUGGCAUCAAAGCCCCUCCCUUUCUGGAAAGCAAUCAAAACUGAAUGGUCAUUACAGCAUCAUGAAGACAGACCUUAGUGUCAUGUUGACUAAAUUAGAGGGGACAAAUAUGGGCAUUUCACCAUAAAACAAUUGACUUCCUGUUGUCAGGGGGCGGGGCUUAGCUAUCCACAUUGUCAUUGUCUUGACAUGUGGUCAGUGAUCACAUAAACAAAGUUUGAUAUAGAUCUGAUUAUGUGCAUUGGAGUUAUUACGUCAAUGCAUUUUGUAGCAAAAGGUCAAUGUUUGAGGCUUAGCCACGCCAACACCUUUCAACUUUUGAAAAAUCCGAUGGUUGAAUUUUUCCCCCCCUGUCUUAAGAGUAUAUAGCAGAAGUUUAAAGGCGAUCAUUGAAAAUGGUGACAGGGCAUCACUCUCCAAACGACGUGUGCGAAAACCACUAAAUCGAGUACUUGGACCAAAAUGGCCGACUUCCUGUGCAACAUUAAGCUUAGCUCCAAGAGACUUUUUUGUAGGUCCUGAGACACUACAUUAGUGUACCAAUUUUUGCAAUCCUCAGUCAAAGCAUGGCUUGGGGCUGAGAGUUUUAAUGGUCCUAGGGGGCGCUAUUUCAGAAAAUAGGCCACGCCCACCAACCUAUACAUUUAUUUCCAUUUGGGGUCAUACUAGGAUCACUCACCAGAAAUUUCGUGGCAAUAUCGUGAUAACUGAGGAAAUGAGAGAAAAACGUAUUUCCAUGGCGUGAUGGCGAAUGUUGCCAUGCUCCCAAAGCCCCACCUUUUUUUUAAAAUCUGCCAGUACUGGAGACCAAGUGACCUCAACUUGUCUAGUGCUAUUUGCCAGAAAUUGCUGGUGAUUGGGUGAAAGGAGUCCUAUAGGGAGCUGUGAAAAAAAAAGUGGCAUGGAGACAGGUCAAAGUUUGAGGCUUAGCCACGCCCACAUCUUUCAACUUUUGAAAGAUCCAACAGCUUGAUUUCCCCCCCCAUGUCUUAAGAGUACAUAGCAGAAGUUUGAAGGUGAUCGGUGAAAAGGGCGAGGGGGCAUCAUUCUCCAAACAAUGUGUGCGAAAAACACAAAAUCGAGUACUUGGACCAAAAUGGCCGACCUCCUGUGCGGCUUAGCGCUUGGCUCCAAGAGACUUUUUUGUAGGUCCUGAAACACUACGUUAAUGUACCAAAUUUCGUAAUCCUCAGUCAAAGCAUGGCUUGGGGCUGACUGUUUUAAUGGUCCAAGGGGGCGCUAUUUAAGAAAAUAGGCCACACUCACCGGAUUUUCACAUCAGAUUUUUGGGGGGGGGGCCAGACUAGGAUCACUCACCAGAAGUUUUGUGACAAUAUCUUUAGAAAUGACGAAAUGGGAGGCAAAUGUAUGACCACAACGGUACGCCUGACUUUGCCGCAGCGCCACAGCCCCGCCCUCUCUUGAAAACUCCCAUAAAGUGACGCCAAGCAACCCCCAAUUGUCUUGACUUACCAGCUACAAAUUUGUGGUGAUUAAAUGAAAUGGGGCGAUUUGGGACCUAUUACAGUAAAACUUGACCUUUUUGGUCCUGAGGGGGCGGGGCUUUAGUGUUGUCAUCAUCCCACCAUUCAGUUUAGUUUGUGGCUAGAUGUCGAAUGACCACAGAAAUGUUUGUAACUCUACUCUAUUCGAGUAUGAAGUUAUAGCCUUUUAUAUUUUUCUGGCAAGUAGUCGAACUUCGAGGCCUGGCCACGCCCCCUCAGCAUAUAUGAAAAGUCAGUUUUAUUUUUUGUAUUUGACCGCCCAUCCCUUCUGAGCAAUUUGCCUUAACUUUCGAGAUGAUCGUGCGAAAAAUGAUCGAGUAAAUCAAUCAGAAGCGGACCCUAGAAACGGUCAAAACGGGGUCAAAAUCACCACUUCAAAUCAAAAUGGCCAACUUCCUGUUUGAUGUUGACCAUGGUUGCAAGAGGCUUUUCUGUGCGGACUGUUAAGUACUACAAGAGUACAAAAUUUCAUAACUGUACGAAAAACAAAGUAUUAUAGAGGGGGGUUUUUCACAUUGUAGCGGGCACUGUGGAGCUAGUUUAAUAGCGAUUUUUUUGGGACCUUUAAAAUACAAAAUUUUACACCACGCCUGACAUGUGUGCAAAAAUUCCUGAGUUUUCGGGUAUGGUAAGGCCUCCAAAAAGCCAAUUUACUUGGCAGAAGAAAUAUAAACAGAGCAGAUACAAUAGGCCUUCGCAGCGCUUUCGCUGCUCGGGCCUAAUUAAACCACAGACCUAUUUAGAUGCAUGCUGCCAUCUUUUCUUCUUGCUUAUUAUUGCCUGAACUUCAAAAAUCACAUGUGGUCUUGCAAUUUUCUAUUUAUUUUGUGACCUCGCAGGACCGGUGUCAUCGAAUAGUAUCACUACCAUUUUGUUUCAUAAAUGCUCCAAGUGGGAAGGGAGCCCGCAUGUAAAAUGCAUCUAUUACGUUAAUCACCACUAGGCAUCAAGUGGAAAGGCCGAGUCACACAGAAAGGAUUAUACCUCUAUGCUUUAUCAUAGAAAAACCCACACUAAUCUGUUUACCUUUUUUAUUUUUGUACCAAUUAUUGGAAAAACUCCCCUGAAGAAAAUACUGUUUACUAUAAUACACACAUAGACUUUUUAUAAUUUUCUAACAGCAUGAAUUUCACAUUUUCUAAAUUUUGAAGAAAAGUGGCAACAGCAUGACACAAGAUGUAGACUCACUAACUUAGCAACUGAAAUUUUCCUGGGUGCAAUUGAAGUAAGAGAUAGAUGUACCAGAGCUACUGGCUUUCUCUUUGGUAUCAUGCUGCAGGCAGCACACCACUUUGACAGUCUAAAUCUCAAAAACAGAUGGACCAGUGCCUUAAACUUGGCACAGGGGUUAUCAGCAAAAAAGUGUUUCUGUGACAGCCCCAGCAGUAAGAGGGACACCGCACAAAAUCAACUUCUAUGAAAUAUGUCAAAGAAAAAAAAAAAUACUUGCGUAUUGGUUUCAAGAUUAGCUUUUGUUAAGGUAUAUGAAAUAAAGCUAAAUAAAUAAUAACAGGUUUAAUCUUGCAAAGUGUGUUUGAUUAGCUUGAAUCCAACUGCUGUGGACAUAUUUUAAAACGUUCAUGCAGAGAAGAGUUAUUGAACAAAUUCAAGAAACCCCUAAGAAAUGUUUGAAACAGCUGUAUUCAUCAUGCUGACCAAGACAAAAAUCUAAUUUAAAGGUGAACAUAAAAAUAAAACAAUUAGUAAUACAAAUACUUAUUUCAAGAAAUUAUUUAGGGUGUCCAUAUGUGCUCUUGGCACCAGGUUGCAGUUUGAUGGACUGUGUUGUUGUCUCAUCUGAUCUGUGGGUGCAUGUAUCGGACAAAUGGGUAAAAAGAGGAGUAGAGCCGCCAACUGACCACUACCUGUUGGUGAGUUGGCUUUGAUGGUAGGGGAGGAGGCCGGUUAGACCUGGCAAGCCCAAACGUGUUGUUAGGAUCUGCUAGGAACGUCUGGUAGAGGCUCCUGUUAGAAGGAGCUUCAGUUCCCACAUCUGACAGAACUUUGAGUGCAUCCUGGGGGAGGCAGGAGACAUUGAGCCUUAGUGGCCCAUGUUCCAUGACUCCAUUGUCAGGCAGCCAACUCGGAACUGUGGUCCCAGGGUGGUUGAUGCAUGUUGUGGCACCAACCCUCAAACCUGAAUGUGAGGUUAUCAGUAUGGAUGUAGAGAAAAUGAACGGACACGAAUGACCGUGUGUUAACUGUAUAUUUUUUGGUGGCGCCACUUAGAAACUCAGAAAAGGUAAUUGUGGCCGUGUGCAGAACGCAGCUGGAGUUCAUGAUCAGUGGUCUGCCUACCGCUCUGCAUCUCUGCCCAAAAGAAUCCCCGCUACUCUGAGUCCAUGUAAAUAAUAUAAUAUAGGUAGAAACUGGAUCUCUUUUGUGCUCCUUCUGAGUGUGUAAGUUGAGGGCAUCAGGGGAGCCUGACAACCUUUAAGGAGAACAAAGUUGCUCUCCUGUAAUUUGAACCCAGUAUCCAACUCCGGAUCGGGGCUUGGAUCGGGAAGUAAAGCCCGAGUCCCGAUCAGUCUGAAACCACGUGAUCAGGGCCAAUUUCCGAUCAUCCCUGGUUAUCAGAACCUUCGUAUCUGGAGAAACGACCAAGAGUGGAUCUAUCUGAGCACCUAGGAGUGAUUCAAUUAACCCGGCGUGGUUCAAUUUGCCUGGCCUGGCAGCGCCGAACCCGGCAUGGUUACGCCGGCCCAGCCUAGUGGUACCGAGCCUGAAGUGGUUCUAUUGGCCUGACCCAGCGGCACCGAGCCCGGCGUGGUUCCAUCCGCCUGGCCCGGCAGCGCCGAACCCAGCGUGGUUACGCCGGCCCAGCCCAGCGGCACCGAGCCUGACGUGGUUCUAUCAUCCCGGCCCAGCGGUACCGAGGCUGGCGCGGUUCCAUCGGCCCGGCCCAGCAGCGCCGAACCCGGCAUAGUUCCGGCGACGGGUUCUGGCAACAUCGACUAUGGAGGGGUCCUGCAGAGCCAGGCCCAACAACAGUCAUUGCGUCGCGGUGAGCACAGGACCAGAGGACAACGGUUGCAGAUGAGUGGAAGAGAUGCCAGGAGGAAGAGCUGGUGGACGAGGUACAGAAAUGGCCACAGAAGACCUGGAGGAGAUCAAACGAUCUCUGAACUUUAUGUCAGGUGAACUGUCAAAAGUAACAUCACAGCAGGAUCAGUUAUUGAGACUGAUGGCGGAGGUGAAAUAGCUUAAAAUACUGUUAACUGAAAAAGAUAAGAAGAUUUCGGACUUAGAGCAAAGAGUUGAUGAACUUGAACAAUAUACAAGACGAGAGGUUUUGGUGAUAAUGGGACUAGAAACCCGACACAGAAGCUAUGCAAAAGCAGUAGCAAAUCACGACGCAGCAGAAGAGGCUUUAGACAAAGAAACUGAGUUCUGAAUGGGAGUGAAUUUGGUCUGCCUUAAACUAACAAAGUUGGUUCUUAUCAAAAACACAUGAGACGCAAUCUGUCGAGUCUACAUACCCUGAUCGAAGACCCCCAUGGUAGAUCCGGAAUGUUGAGGUCCGGGGACCCCAGAGGUACCGAAGUCCAUAGAAGAAACCGCAGUGCCGACUUUCCCGGUCUCGAGUUGUCUUCAGGUCACGACAGUUGUUAUUUGCGUCUUAGGAAUAACUCUUAAGGAGUUGAAGUUGGUUCAGCUUUGUUCUGAAGGAACCAUUUGCGGUCAGCUGUAGCUUGCAACAAACAGGCUUUUGACAGCUUGUCAAAAGAUGCUCUGGGUUAAAGAGGUUUUGCCCCGGUUGGCCGGUCCAGAACUUUCUCAAGAACUCACAAGAACUAGAACUAGAACUGGAACUGACUCACGGUGACUUGAGCUCUGUUUUUGUGAUAAUCAUAUUUUGAUUUUCUAACAAAUCAGAAUUUGACAUGUAGAAGGAUUUUUACCAACAAACCUCAGAAAACACACCUUGCGUCAGAUACAGGAGUUCUGAUUGGUGGAACAGAAAGCAAUGUGUCAGCAUAUUAGCUUAACCUUGGCAUCGUUACGUGUCUGAGUGUGUGAGCUGUCAGAGAUAGUGAUUCACUUGUUAAAUCUAAAAUUACUGUUCAUAACAUCAUAAUAUUCAUCCACAGUAAUUUAACACAGAUUAAUCAAAACAUUGUUAUUAUCCUUCAGUCAUUAUUGUUCAUUCAACCAUAUGAUUAUUUACUCGUCUUGUUCAUUAUAUGAUUUAAUAUUGAAAGUUCAUCCGUCUUGUGCUGUGAAUCAAACCAGUCUUAGAUAAGAGUGAGCUUGGAAAGACCUUGGCGAGGCAACAGUAUCUUCUUGCAGAUUAAAGCACCAGUUAAGACCUAUGUCUCCAAAUGACCCGAUACUGAAGAGGUGACCCGUAGAUUGAAAAACAGGACCAUUUCCGGAGGCUUCAGAGUGAAGAGGUGGAGGGAGUAAUGAAAACGUGUGCGGCUUAAGCAAUAACAAAGUCGUGUGUCACUAUAAACAAGGAUUUUAUUACAAAACUCAAGUGGACUAAGUGUAUUUACAAUAAAAGGGGAUAUUUACAUAAGAAUAAACAAAGGAGCUAUUUACACAAGGAUUAAUAGAAAACGCCAGCCCAGAAAGGGUUGGGCACACUAACGGAAAUAAUCCACAAAAACCCCAAAACAAAUGGAGCAGUCCUGUUAAACAAAGACUCUCUGACUAAUCCGAAUCUAAAUGUAUCUCACAGAACAAGUUUACUAAACAAAGCUAACGAUCGGUCAAGCACGUGAGGAGAAGAGAGAAGUGAAAACACCUCCAUCUCCACACUUCCCUGUUGCCUUCUCCCCUUCUCAGCCCAGGUGACAUCCUUUUACCAGCUGUGGCGUGAUUACAAUCACACACAGCUGGGCAACUAGAGAAAGGAGCCAGGUGAGGACGGUGCCAUUGAGACCAUCUGGUGGCCGGAAAGGGGAGCAUCUGUAACAGGGUGGAUGAGAUCUUCCUGGAGAGGAGGGUCCAUGGCUUAGGGUCCAUGGCAUGGUUGAACCUUAAAUUCAGGAGGAGCAAUGUGGUUUUCAUCCUGGCCGUGGAACACUGGACCUGCUUUAUACCCUUAGGGAGGUCCUGGAGGGUGUGUGGGAGUUCGCCCAACAAAUUUACAAAUGUUUUGUAGUUCGACCAUGUCCUUCAGGAAUCCCUGUGAGGGUAUUCUGGAUGUAUGUGGUACCUGGCCCUUUGAUAUAGGCUGUUAGGUCCCUGUCUGAUCAGUGCCAGACCUUUGUCUGCAUUGCCUGCAAUAAGUCUGGCUUAGUCCCGUUGAGAGUUGGACUCUGCCAAGGCUGCCCUUUGGCAACAAUUAUAUUCGUAUCUAUUAUGGACAGGAUUUCUAGGCACAGCCAAGGUGGUGAGGGGAUCCGGUUUGGUGGCCUAAGGAUCAGAGGUCUCAUUUAUAAAGCUUGCUUAUGCACAACAAGAGGUCGGAAAACUGCGUAAGGAACUUUCCACACAAACUUUGGGAUAAAAAAAAAGUUGUGGAAAAAUGUGUGCAACUUUAAGUUGACUAAGGACCUGGCAUACGCACAUUUUGGACAUUGGAGAGCACCUGCAGUGCUCACUGAUGGCCACAAGUUUUGGGUGGUGACUGAAAGAACGAAAUCGCGGAUACAAGCUACCAAAAUACAUUUACACUGCAGGGCAUCUAUAGAUUGGGUGAGGAACUUGUUCAUUCAGGAAGGGCUCAGAGAAGACCUGCUGCUCCUCCACAUGGAUAGGAGUCAGUUGAUGUGGGUUGGGCAUCUAGUUAGGAUGCCUCCUGGGCGCCUCCCGGGUGAGGUUUUCUGGGUGCAUCAAACUAUGAGGACACCUAAAGGAAGACCCAGGACAUGUCAGAGGGUCUAUGUUUCUCAGCUUGCCUGGGGGUGCGCUAGGAUUUCUGCUGGCUGGGGAAUUGGAAAUCUGGGGCUCUCUGAUUAGACCACUUCCCCCGUGACCAAGUGUAGGAAAAUGGAUAGCAAUUAUUUUUUUGAUUAUGUUUCUUUUUAUAAAUAUAUUAGGUUUUUACUACAAUUCAUGACAUCUAAAGAAAGUCUUGGUGAGUUUUAGUCUCUGCCACACUUAACAUUAACUUUUUUUUAGCAUCAGACAGUUGUUUGAGCCACAGCCUUCGAAGUUGCACUAACAAACAUCUGGCUUCCAAGGAAAUGAAGGACACACUACCAGUGGGAAUUCAAAUUCACUCAUCUAGGAGAGGAAAUGCCAGCAAAUGAACUGGGAACAUCUGGUUAACGAUUGCAGACGUGUUAGUAUUGACAAUUGUGUGUCUUUAAGCAGAUUCAGAAGACUCCUGCACAGUGAACUAAAAUGCAUACACACAAAUAAUAGGUCCGAUUUCUCAGCAACUAUUUUCUUGGUACCAAGAAUUUGUUUCCAAGAAAUUAUACAAGCUUAUCAGAAACAAAAGGUACUCGCGUGUUGCAAAAACGAAUACCGAGAAAACAUGAAAACAUUUGUGGAAUUGGUCCAAAAGUUUUUUUCUAAAAUCUUGAAGAAGCAGACUGUCAAUAUUUCAUUUAAAAUAAAUACCAACCAAUGGCUUUUAAACAAGACUAAAUGAAAGGACACAAUUGCAUUUGACUGACUUGGAAAUUUAAUGUUUCUACUCUUGACUUUUAUUAGGGACAAUUAAAAUAAUAGACUUUUUACAACUUUUUACAAUUUAAAAUAUAAUACAGAACACUUGUUUAAAAGGUCAGGAGAUCAGAUAUUGUUGUGUCCAUGGUCAACAAGGUCAAAUGAACAUAAGAGCUCAGUGCAGUUUUUCAGUAGAUAUUUUUUUCCACAAAUGAAGUCAAGUACAGAUGUUUGGUUGUUCUGUCUCAUCAGUGAGCUGCCCUGGUUUGCUGCCUGACAGCACACUAUAAAGGCUUCACAAUACCACACCUGUGGUUUGGAUCCAUUGUGCCAUUAAUGAAACUCCUGAGCCUAUUGUUGAGCAACAAAAUCUUAAAUCUUUACAGCAUUUGGCUAGUUUUUAUCAUACCACCGUCUCCCAAUCCCACCUGGUGCACGAGCUUUACCAGCCUUAUAAUUUGUGACAGGAAGGCUGAUUACACCAGAAUAUUACUUCAAGUCAUAUUCAGAUUUAAUCUGUUUCACAGGCUCGACGUAUAAAGCGCAAGGGCUCUCUCGCUCUCACUUUAAGACUUAUCGGUAGAAGGAAGGUGUGAAUAAAUGUCAGAGUUUUGUUCAGAAGUAACCAUCCAGAUGUUUUUGCAGCGCUGCAUACAUCUUUCCUCCCACACCACGUAGUUUGACGGAGCAGGUGCACUAAGUGGAGGUUUUUGAGGAAGCUUAAAGACAGAGCCAGUGACAGAGAGGGAGGA